AUGUCGGUGUACGAUGCGGCGUUUGUGAACAGCGAGCUAUCUAAGCCAACCUCCAUAUUCGGCCUGCGGUUAUGGGUGGUAAUUGGGAUUUUUGUGGGAGCCGUGAUUGUUCUAAUCCUUUUCUUGUUGUCUCUUUGCAUCACCGCCUAUCGCCGCCGCACCAGCAGCACCGCUAAACUUCACCAUCCCGGAAAGUUUUCUGGUGCAGCCGAGCUGACCCCAGUUGUUUCCAAGGAAAUCCAAGAGAUCGUUCAUGAUUCCCACCCCGAUCACCGCCCCAUUGUCCCUCAGGCGUUGCCUGAGAUUCAGAUAGACAUGGGGAAGGUUGAGCACAGGGUGGUAUUUUCGGACAGGGGGGCAUCGAGUGGGGAGAGUAAGGCAACAAGUGGGGCGGAGACAGGGUCGUUCGGUGGUAGUGGGGCAUUGCCAGAGGUGUCCCAUCUGGGGUGGGGAAGGUGGUACACUUUGAGAGAGCUCGAGGCAGCUACCGAUAGGUUGUCUGAUGCGAAUGUGAUUGGAGAAGGUGGAUACGGGAUUGUGUAUCAAGGUAUUCUGGCUGAUAAUACCAGAGUUGCCGUGAAGAAUCUGUUGAAUAACAGGGGGCAAGCAGAGAGGGAGUUUAAGGUUGAGGUGGACGCUAUUGGGCGAGUGAGGCACAAGAAUCUUGUCAGGCUGCUGGGAUACUGUGUCGAAGGAGCUUAUCGAAUGCUUGUAUAUGAGUACGUGGACAAUGGGAAUUUGGAGCAGUGGCUCCAUGGAGAAGUAGGGGAAGUCAGUCCUUUGACUUGGGAUAUACGGAUGAAUAUAAUAUUGGGAACUGCAAAAGGUCUGGCAUAUUUGCAUGAUGGUCUUGAGCCAAAGGUUGUUCACCGUGACAUUAAAACAAGUAAUAUACUACUUGAUAGUCAGUGGAAUGCCAAGGUGUCAGAUUUUGGACUUGCAAAGCUGUUAAAUUCUGAAAGGACUUAUGUGACAACUCGUGUCAUGGGCACAUUUGGUUAUGUGGCACCAGAAUAUGCGUGCACUGGCAUGUUAAAUGAGAAAAGUGACGUUUAUAGCUUUGGAAUACUUAUCAUGGAGAUAAUUACUGGUAGAUCUCCAGUUGAUUAUAGCAGGCCACAGGGAGAGGUUAAUUUGGUGGAUUGGUUGAAGUCCAUGGUUGGAAAUCGAAAAUCUGAGGAAGUGGUGGAUCCUAAGUUGCCAGAAAUGCCUAGUUCAAAAGCACUUAAACGUGCUCUUCUGGUUGCCCUGAAAUGUGUUGAUCCUGAUGCCCAUAAGAGACCAAAAAUGGUGCACGUAAUCCACAUGCUGGAGGCAGAUGACCUGCUGUUUCGUGAUGAACGACGAAUUGGCAGAGAAUCUGCUGGUUCAAAUCGUGAGUACAAAGAAAAUAAUCUUGCUGGUUCCAAUCGUGAGUACAAAGAAAAUAAUCUUGCUGGAGCAAAACUAGUCAACCAACCAUACGGCAACGGUGCAUCUAAUAAUAGUGAAGGUGACAAUGGUACGAGCCAUGACUUGCCAUCUAGGUGGAGAUAAUAUUACGGAUGGGAGAUGUCAGUAAUAAUGUAGGUUUAUGCAAAUUUUGAUGCUUGCUAAUAAGCUUAUUGCUCUCAUUCCAUUAGUUUUGUAGGAUUUGUACUAGCUUCUUCUUUUUUUUGUGAUAUAAAAAUAUGAAAUCACCAUUGGAUUAUGCCUCAUAAGUUAUUGAAUCAGGUUUUAUUGUAUGCUAGAUUGGUUGACUGUUUUGUACUA